CCUACCUCCAAGCAUCGCGGCUGGCUGAUCUCCCCGCUGGGCACCAACCCCUGGUGGACCCUGCUGGUGGCGGCGCUGCCUGCUCUGCUCUGUACCAUCCUCAUCUUCAUGGACCAGCAGAUCACCGCCGUCAUCAUCAACCGCAAGGAGCACAAGCUCAAGGUGAGCAAAUGCUGGUUUAUGGCAUAGAUUUAUGAAUUCUACAGGCUCCAUUUCCACUGUCAAGGUGGAACAGACACAUUUUUACAAAGAUUCUGUCACCCUGUUCUGUCCAUUAUAUUAUCAUUCACUGUGUUGAAUAUAGCUAGUGUUUUCAUGAAAUGUAUUCACUGUGUACAAUUUGGUGGUCCAACUAUAGUAUAAUGGCUUUUUAUCCUCUUCUUUUACCCCCUUGUUUUCCCCCUCUUCUCCGUCAUGUAGAAAGGCUGUGGCUACCAUCUGGACCUGCUGGUGGUGGCGGUAAUGCUGGGUGUGUGCUCCAUCAUGGGCCUGCCCUGGUUCGUAGCUGCCACCGUGCUCUCCAUCUCCCACGUCAACAGCCUCAAGGUUGGCAGCCUGCUGUGGUCUUUGUUUAGUCUUUGUUUAUGUCACCUGUGUCAAACUCAAUUCCUGGAGGGUGUUUUUUUGCUCCUCCCUUGUACUUGAUUGAUCAAUUAAGGUCGUCGAUUAGUUAGGAACUGCCCUCACCUGGUUGUCUAGGUUUUAACCAGACACAAAUGGAAAUAACAAAAACCAGCAGACACUCUGCCCUCCAGGAAUUAAGUUUGACAAUUCUGGUCUAAGUGAUGAGUUAUGGGUUUGUUUUUUAUGUUAAUGUACAAGUCUGAAAAAAUUAUGUAUUUCUCUGAGUAUAAUAAAUAUUAAUCUAAUGUAAUCUAAUCAAAUUUAAAGGUGGAGUCGGGCUGCUCGGCCCCAGGAGAACAGCCCAAGUUCCUGGGCAUCAGAGAGCAGAGGGUCACCGGCUUCAUGAUCUUUGUCCUCAUGGGCUGCUCUGUCUUCAUGACCUCCGCACUCAAGGUGACAGCUCUUUGGGUUUUAGGAAAGUGUUAUAUUAAUAAGCCAUCUUAUUUUUAUAAGACAAUGGGUGCUGGAACCAAUGCCAUGACAGGCAAUGUGAAUGAUAAGCAGUUUGACUGUUUUACUGUAUAUUCACCUUACAGUUGAAAUGUUGACAUGGAAUAUUUAAAGGCAGUUUAAAUCCCAUAUAAUUUAUGAUGAUGAUGAUGAUGAUGAUGAUUAUUAUUAUGAUAUACUGUAUGUUCAACUUCUCCCCCACCCUCCAGUUCAUUCCUAUGCCAGUGCUAUACGGGGUCUUCCUCUACAUGGGAGCCUCUUCACUCAAAGGCAUUCAGGUGAGAUUAUAUUCAAUGAUUUGUUCAAGAUAUGAUUGAUUGAUUGAAGAUAUGAUCAUAGUUUUUAAUCUUUAACAGUAAAGCAAUGCAAUGCCUUGUCUGUAAUGAUGAGCUUACUCCUUUGUAAUUAAACUCUCUUUUAUCAAGAAAACGUCAUCACAUUUAAACUAUUUAAUCUCAUGUGUUUCCUGACUAAAAUAUGAAAUGAACAAUGAACGGGGCUCUCUCUCUCUUAGUUCUUUGACCGUAUCAAGUUGUUUGGUAUGCCAGCCAAGCACCAGCCUGACCUGAUCUACCUGCGCUACGUUCCCCUGUGGAAGGUCCAUGUGUUCACCCUGGUGCAGCUCACCUGCCUCAUACUGCUGUGGGUCAUCAAGGCCUCCGCAGCCGCCGUCGUAUUCCCAAUUAUGGUAAUACCCAUAGAGAUAAAUGUUCUAUAGUAAUACUAACAUCAUUCCAUCUCUCUAUGGUAUUAUCACUCUCCACAUCUACAAACUGGAGAAACGUGAUAUCUUGUCUAACAACAAGGGGGUUUGUGAACAUGAAAAUAUCUAAAACCUUCUGUAUGAGUUUCUGUGGUCCUUUUACUCCCUUUCUCUCCCUUAAAAUAUCCUAUUUUCUCUUAAAGGUGCUGGCCCUCGUCUUCAUUCGGAAGCUUCUGGACUUUUUCUUUACCAAGAGGGAGCUCAGCUAUCUGGACGACUUGAUGCCAGAGAGCAAGAAGAAGAAAGAGGAUGACAAGAAGAAGAAGGAGAGGGAGAAACGG